AUGGAAAGCAACCAGGACAGUCUGCAGCCAUGGUCUGUAGCAACUACGGCCUCUGUCACGGUGCUGGCCUUCGUGACGGUUUGUCUUCGACUACUCGCCCGGUAUGAGCGGAUGCAAAAGCUGUGGUGGGAUGACUAUAUGGUCAUAUUUUCUAUGCUAUGGAACUUCAUCGUUGUCGGAUUCAUCUACGCCAUGAUCCAUAAGGGAAUGGGGCUCCAUGCGGACACUAUUCCAGUGGAAAACGUGAUUAUGAUUGCAAAGUUUCUUGUUGUGGCCGAAGUUCUCUACGUGUACAACCUGGUAUGGACCAAAUUGAGCAUUCUGCUCAUGUACUAUCGGAUCUUCCGCUUCCCUUACUUCAAGACAUGGGCAUAUGUCAUUGGGCUUUUUAUCAUCCUUUGGGUUAUCUGUAUAACCUUUCUCUUCAUCUUUAUCUGCGUCCCUGUCCAGAAACUAUGGUAUCCGCAGCUCCCAGGCCGGUGCAUCGACCAAGUUGCUACAUGGGUCGCCAACGCCGUCUCAACGAUCGCAACUGAUGUUGCCAUUCUAUUCCUUCCAAUUCCACAAGUUUGGAAGCUCCAACUUCGACUUUCUGAAAAGGUAGCCGUGCUAGUUGCCUUCAGCUUGGGAUUCUUCGUCGUCUUCGCCUCCGCCUACCGUUUCUCAGUACUCUUUAGCUACAGUUCGGCUGAUUCCUCCUACACUCUCGCCCGAACAGUUGGCUGGACCGCGAUCGAAAUGUCCGCCGGCAUCGUCUCGGCCAACCUCCCAACCAUUCGCCCUGCUCUCCGUUUCAUAGCACGCAUGCUGGGUAUCAGCGGCACCAUGAUGGCUAUCUUCAGAAGUACAAACAGAACAAAUGCCAAAACCACGGAUGCUGCCACUCAGCCUUCAGGAACCGCGGAAUCCACUUCCACCAUCAUGCAGCACAACAAGCAUCCGAAACGACAUUCUUUCUACCACUUACCAGAUGAUCCUAACUCCCCGGGGGAACAGCCAGGAAUGGAUACCUCGUUCAGGCCGGACUAUGAUCAAGGGAAGACGUACACCAAUGUGUUGGGUCCGAGCGCUGGUGAUCAUUCUGAUGGGGAUGAGAUUCCCCUAACAGAGAUUAGAGUCGACAAGGAAUUUACCCAGCGAGUAUCAUAA